AUGAACUGGAGGUCAUACAUACCCUCAGGGCCCAAGCCUGGCGCACUAACCGCCGGUCUGUGCAUAUUUAUGUUUAUUUUAUAUGCAUUGAAUUGGAUAUUACCUAUUAAUGACGCAAUCGUAUUGGAAGUAGACGCAUUGAAAGGCAUUAAGCUUAAUAGACUUACAUUAUACCCCCUAGCUCACAUGUCCUUUUUGCAUCUCUUCUUUAACUGUAUAUCGAUAUUUGGCCCAUUGAGUCUAUUUGAAGCUUCCCACGGUACGGUGUUUACAGGAGUGAUGCUUAACCUGUUGGCCCUUUUUACCGCUAUAAUCUAUUGCCUGGUCGGUAUGUUGCUAUUCCCCAACUCUAGAGUCGGAGGAGCUAGUGGUUGGUGUUUUACGUUAUUUGGAUACUAUGCUGUGAAAGAAUCUCGUUUCCGCCCUCAUUACCAGAUCACUGCUAACUAUAAAUUCCCUACGCUGUAUUCUCCCGUUGUUGUCCUCAUGGUCGUUUUUGUCCUGUUCCCGGGAAGCAGUUUCUGGGGCCACUUCAUCGGCCUUGGACUAGGCUACUUGCUGGGCUUCAAAGAGAAUUGGUUUGCUGUGCUAGUCCCACCCACCUCCAUUAUUUCCAAGAUAGAACACUGGCUCGAUCGGUGGAUCGGUAUGAUCCCGCCAAUCGUUACCUACUAUAGGGAGGCCAGUGUCGACCGCUCAAUGGAAUACACUUCUAUAUAUCAAGAUGAUCAGUUGCCAUUAUACAAUAAUGACAACUACCGUGGGCAGGGUAGAGUUCUCGGUUCAUGA